AAUAUUAAUUUCUAAUUACUUAAAAAAGAAGAAUUCAAUUUAUAAAGAUAACAAGAAAAUUAUUCAAAUAUUCAGUACUGGUUACAGAACAUAGAUCAAAUCAACAAGUUUUAAAAAAUCAAUAUUUUUUUGUUUAAAUCCUUAUAUUAUAUUCAAAACAAUGCUUUCUAAAAAACCUAAUUUAAAUCUAUUACAAAUUAUUUCUUUUCAAUCAUGUAAAUAUCCAUUUUAUGCAAAUCCAGGAAAUACAACUAUAUUUAUUUUUUAUGAAUUAAAAAAAAAUCAAAGUACAACAACUAAUACCACACUAACAAAAGAAUAUGCAUUUGAGAUGACUUCUCCUACAUUACGAUAUGGUAUUGGUGUUACAAGAGAAUUGGGUAUGGAUAUGCAAAAUUUUGGUUCCAAAAAUGUAUGUUUAAUAACAGAUUCUAAUUUAGUAAAUUUACCACCUGUUAAAACUGCUUUAAACAGUCUUAUUAAAUAUAAAAAUCAAACUACAGUUUAUGGUAAUGUACGUGUAGAACCCACAGAUCAGAGUUUAAAAGACUGUAUUGAAUUUGUUAAACUCAAAAAGUUUGAUGGUUUCGUAGCGAUAGGAGGUGGUUCAGUAAUAGAUACUUGUAAGGUAGCAAAUCUUUAUAGUUCUGAUCCACAAGCAGAUUUUUUAGAUUAUGUAAAUGCACCUAUUGGUAAAGAAAAACCAAUUACAGUGCAAUUAAAACCAUUAGUAGCUGUACCAACCACUUUUGGUACUGGUUCAGAAACAAGUGGUAUUUGUAUCUUUACUUAUGAACCACUUAAAGCCAAAAUUGGAAUUAUUAAUAGAGCUUUAAGACCCACUUUGGGUCUUAUUGAUCCAAACCAUACAUUGAGUUUACCAGAAAGAGUCUGUGCUUAUUCUGGCUUUGAUGUAUUAUGUAAUGCUCUUGAAUCUUUUACUGCAUUACCAUAUACAGAAAGAAUUUGUCCUCCCAAUCCAAUUCUUAGACCAGUUUACCAAGGGAGCAAUCCUAUUAGUGAUGUAUGGUCAAAAUUUACUCUUCAAAUAAUGCACAAAUAUUUUAAAAGGGCAGUGUAUAAUCAAGAUGAUAUUGAAGCUAGGAGUAACAUGCAUCUUGCAAGUACCAUGGCAGGUGUUGGAUUUAGUAAUGCAGGAGUUCAUCUUUGUCAUGCACUUUCUUAUCCUAUUAGUGGACAUGCAAAAAGUUUUCAACCAAUAAAUUAUGGCAAAGAUCGUGCUAUAGUGCCACAUGGACUAUCAGUUAUUAUAACUGCACCUGCUGUAUUUUCCUUUACUGGAAGUGCGUGCCCAGAAAAACAUUUAGUAGCUGCUGAAUUACUUGGUGCUGAUAUUAGUCAAGCUAAAAAAAGUGAUGCUGGCAAAAUAUUAGCAGAUACUAUAAGAAAAUAUAUGCAAAUAAUGAAAAUUGAAAAUGGUUUGGCUGAAUUAGGUUUCAAAAAAGAAGACAUUCCUAUUUUAGUGGAAGGUACAUUGCAACAAUUUCAGGAAAUAGUUGUAGGAAUUAAUGGAUUUGGAAGAAUAGGGAGAAUGUGUUUACGUGCUUGUAUCGAAAAGGAUAUUACGGUCAAGUUGGUUAAUGAUCCAUAUAUUUCGACCGACUAUAUGAUAUAUCUGUUCAAAUUUGACUCGACUCAUGGAGCGUAUCCUUUGAAAUUAGAAUGUGAAAAUGGGCAUAUUAUUAUCGGAGAGAACAAAAUAGCCACAUCCCAGGAAAAGAAUCCAUGUAAAAUAAAUUGGAAAGGCGCGGGUGUGACAUACGUAAUCGAAUCCACUGGUCUUUUUACUACGUUAGAAAAAGCAAGCUUACAUAUGGAUGGCGGUGGGAAGAGAGUGAUUAUUACAGCGCCUUCUAUAGACGCGCCGAUGAUAGUUUAUGGGGUGAAUCAUACUUGUUACGAUCCGAAAAGGGGUAAAAUAGUGUCGGCUGCGUCUUGCACGACAAAUUGUGCAGCGCCGAUCAUUCGAUUAAUGCACGAUAAAUUCGAUGUUAUUGAAGUAAUGAUUAGUAGUGUGCACGCUUUAACGUCGAUGCAACGAACAUUAGACGGACCUUUAGAAAGAGGGAAAUUGUGGAGAGAUGGUAGAGGCGCUCUUCAAAAUAUCAUACCAACAUCUUCAGGAGCUGCUAAAUCAUUGGAUAAAAUUAUCCCUGAACUUAAAGGCAAAAUAUCUGCAAUAGCUUUUAGAGUACCAAUCCCAAAUGUUUCUUUAUGCGAUAUGACUUUUAGAGUUAAUAAACCGACAACGUAUGAAGAGAUAAAAGAAGCAAUGAAAACAGCAUCAGAAAACGAUUUGAAAGGUAUAUUGGGUUAUACAGAUGAUGAUUGUGUAUCAUCUGAUUUCAAUAGGACAACUUAUUCGUGUAUCUUCGAUGCUAAAGCUGGCAUUCCUCAGACAAGUACAUUUAUCAAAGUUAUUGCGUGGUAUGAUAAUGAAUAUGGUUAUGCGCAUCGUGUAAUGGAUUUAAUAUUAUACAUGUAUCAAGUUGAUUCUGGUAAUAUACCAGUACCUGCAGAAGAGAUAGAAGAAAGUGAAGAUUAAUUAUUUUGUUCAGUACUAAGGAUAUAUUAUAAGCCUACAUUUUAUGUAAACUAAUAUGUCUAUUCUAUCUAUGUUUUCAAUUAGAUAAUUUAAAGAUCAUUUAUUACAUUAAAAUUUCAUUUAUUUCA